AUGCCUCAAGAGGUCGCUGAUAUCAAGAAGUUCAUCGAGAUCUGCCGUCGGAGUGACGCCUCCUCCGCCCGGAUCAAGAAGAACAAGAAGACCAACAACAUCAAGUUCAAGGUCCGAUGCCAAAAGAACCUCUACACCCUGGUUCUUAAGGACACCGACAAGGCCGAGAAGCUCAAGCAGAGCCUUCCCCCCACCCUGCAGCUUGAGGACGUCUCCAGCAAGAAGAAGUCUGCUUAA